CCCGCAGGCACCGCAUGAAGGGUCGCAGCGCGCUCUGGGUGCCCGGCUGCGACCACGCCGGCAUCGCCACCCAGGUGGUGGUGGAGAAGCGGCUGAUGCGCGAGCAGAAGCUCACGCGGCACGACCUCGGCCGUGAGAAGUUCGUCGAGAAAGUCUGGGAGUGGAAGAACGAGAAGGGCGAUCUCAUCUACGAGCAGCUGCGUCGGCUCGGCUCGUCCUUUGAUUGGUCCCGGGCCAGCUUCACCAUGGACCCGAAGCUGGCGCGCGCCGUCAAGGAGGCGUUCGUGCGUCCUGCACGACGAGGGCGUCAUCUACCGCAGCUUGCGACUCGUCAACUGGUCCUGCACGCUCAAGUCGGCCAUCUCCGAUAUCGAGGUACGCGGCCGGCCUGGCUCGUGUCCGCUUGCUGUCCGCGUGCGUGA